GGAAAACUAGGAAUCAAUCCACCAACAAAUAAGCUGCUGAAAGUUGAAACUGUCAAUUCAUGCCACCCGUUACUAUCUCGCAAUGCAUCAACCAUUCCUCAUUCUUUCACUAUUUGCCUGCGCGAAAUGUAUCUGGCCCCCCGAUUACGAAGUCAAGCUAAAAUACGAAGAAGAGUUCGUGAUUUCCGAUCCUCUGGAUCCAUCCGAUAUCCAGGACAUCUACGACGAAGAAGAGCUGAUUAGCCAAGAAGCGCGGUUGCAUGCAAACGCGCCUGAUAAAUACUUCAGACUUCACAGUUUAGCGCGCGUGGAAAACGCACAGCAAAAACCGUUGGAGGUUCGAAGAACUCAGCAAAUUUACCCGGAAUCGAAUCCAGAACUGGAGGAAGCGAAGCCUUGGAUAGCGGGGUUUGUGGACAGCAACAACAACAUAGUCCCGAAUGAGGACACCGUGUACUUUGACGAAGAUGCAAAGUCCAACAGCGUGGAGAAAAGAGAGGCGUCGAAUGCCAGCGAUUACAACUAUGCGGAGUUGAGGGCGCAGUAUGAGGAAGCUGAAAAAAAGGCCAAUAACUCCCUCAAAUACUCAGAGGUGAAAGAAGAGGAAAGUGCAGCGGAAGCCGUAAAGUCCCUGGUGGACUUGACGCCAAGAAAUUGCACGUCAGAAGACACUUCUGGACUAGCCAUCGAAGACGUGCGCUGCUUCUGGAUCGAAGCCCGCUCCAAGCACCUGAACAACCAAACCAAGUUCUCCCUGCUCAAAAAGGUCGCCCUCAUUGCAACCGUCUGGCUAUGUGCCUACUGCCUAAUUGCAGUCCCCUUGUGGUGCCAAUAUGGUAACAAUUCAACCACCCAAAUGCUCAAAAUAAACCCCGAAUUAUUAGGAUGGUGCUGCUGCUGCUGCACAUGCAAAUUCUGCCACCCCCGUCAAGAGAUUGACCUUGUCAAGGAGUUCUGCGCCAAAAACCCUCCAGGAGUCCUCUACGACAAGGAGGGUAAUUUGAAACACUACAAGCCCACAACGUAUGAAAAGUACGCGCAGAAAAACCUGGAAAAAGCAAUUGCGCAACUGUAACUCACCUUUAACACCUGGAAGGCCCGUUCAAAGUGGCCCUGCUUCAGGCAGAGGUUGACGAGGCCCUCUGGAUCGGCCUGCAUGUAGUAAAGCAACUUUUUCUGGCUCUUCUGUGGGCUUAUCACAUUAACAACCACACUCAGCCGCCAGGCGGCAUCUGAUACAACUUGAAGGAUUUCCUGAAGUUCUCUACUACUGUGCGGAUCAUCCUCAAAAGCCUUGUUCUCGGUCAGCGCUUCAAUUAGGGCCUUAAUAGUAAAUAACAUCGCGUUCAGUUCUUUGGAGUUGCAAAUAAACGCGUCGCCCUGGCA